CAGCAGCGCGGCGGCCGCGGCUGAGGGGGCUGAUAGCGGGCCCCGCCCGCCCCGCUGCCAUUGAGCCCGGGCUGCGGCGGACGGAGCUGUGCUUUGUGCGGUCACACACCGGCACCGGUCACUCCACGGCUGCCCCAUCCCUGCAGGGCCCAAGGCCGGGCUGGCCGGGGCUGGGAGCAGCCUGGGCUGGUGCAACGAGGUCCCCUGCCCGUGGCAAGGGGUGGAAUUAGGUCAUGGUUAAGGUCCUUCCAACCCAGACCCUUGGAUUUUUCAGUGGAACGCCCUCAAAUACAAGGGUUGUCCUGCUGUUUUUGUUGUUGUGACAACUCCUGUCGGCGGUGCUUAUUUUGCAGCAUUACCCCGUUAUUUUCCCUCGUUAGUGACAUGAGCAAUGAACUACAAGUGAAGCCGGUGUUCUCACCGCAGACACUCACUAAAAACUACCAGGUGACAAGAGAAACCACGGCAGGAAAUUUCUUUCGAAUAAUCAGAGCACCUUGGAAUAGAUGUGAGCACAAGGCACUGUGCUGGAUAAAGCUGCCUUGGAGCACCAUGGCUGCCGCCCCUUAUCUCAACUCGGACGCGCUGCGAGAGGUCCUGGAGUGCCCCAUCUGCAUGGAGUCCUUCACCGAGGAGCACCUGAGGCCCAAACUCCUGCACUGUGGCCACACCAUCUGCAAGCAGUGCCUGGAGAAGCUCCUGGCCAACAGCAUCAACGGGAUCCGGUGCCCCUUCUGCAGCAAGAUCACGCGGAUCACCAGCUUGGCUCAGCUCACUGACAACCUCACCGUGCUGAAGAUCAUCGACACGGCCGGCCUGGGGGAAGUGGUGGGACUUCUCAUGUGCAAGGUCUGCGGGAGGAGGCUGCCAAGACACUUCUGCAAGAGCUGUAGCUUGGUUUUGUGUGAGCCCUGCAAGGAGGCUUCGCACAUGCCCCCAGGACACAGAGUCAUUGCUGUCAAAGAGGCUGCUGAGGAGCGUAGGAGGGAAUUUGGGAUGAGGCUUGCCAGGCUUCGGGAGCUCAUGGGUGAUCUUCAGAAGAGGAAAGCUGCUCUGGAGGAUGUUUCAAGAGACCUGCAAUCCCGAUACAAAGCGGUUCUGCAGGAGUACAGCAAAGAGGAGCGCAAGAUCCAGGAAGAACUGGCCAGGUCACGCAAGUUCUUCACCACCUCUUUGUCUGAAGUGGAGAAGAUAAAUAACCAGGUGAUGGAGGAGCAAGCUUACCUGCUGAACUUAGCAGAAGUGCAGAUAAUGUCUCGCUGUGACUAUUUCCUUGCCAAAAUAAAACAGGGGGAUAUAGCUCUCCUGGACGAGGCAGCAGAUGAGGAAGAACCAGAGCUGACAAACAGUCUCCCGAGGGAGCUGACUCUCCAAGAGGUGGAACUCCUUAAGGUGAGCCAUGUGGGACCCCUGCAGAUUGGGCAGGUGGUGAAGAAACCCCGGACCGUAAACGUGGAGGAAUCACUCAUGGAAAACGCAGCAUCCUCCUUUGUACCAUUUCAGGAGCCUGACUUGGUGCAGGAGGAGCCCAGCUGCACCCCCCAUUCCUCACCAGCCAAGCUGAGGAUGCCUGAAGCAGCCACGAGCAUCCAGCAGUGUUCCUUCAUCAAGAAGAUGGGCUCCAAGGGCAGCUUGCCAGGGAUGUUCAACCUCCCCGUCAGCCUGCACGUCACCAGCCAAGGCGAGGUGCUCGUGGCAGACCGGGGCAACUUCCGAAUCCAGGUUUUUACCCGCAAGGGCUUCCUGAAGGAGAUCCGCCGGAGCCCCAGCGGCAUCGACAGCUUUGUGCUGAGUUUCCUUGGAGCAGACCUGCCCAACCUGACCCCCCUUUCUGUCACCAUGAACUGCCACGGGCUGAUCGGUGUGACAGACAGCUACGACAACUCUGUCAAGGUGUACACCAUGGAUGGCCACUGCGUGGCGUGUCACCGCAGCCAGCUGAGCAAGCCCUGGGGCAUCGCCGCGCUGCCCUCGGGCCAGUUCGUGGUCACCGACGUGGAAGGGGGGAAGCUCUGGUGCUUCACCGUGGACCGUGGCGUGGGGGUGGUGAAGUACAGCUGCCUGUGCAGCGCUGUGCGCCCCAAGUUUGUCACCUGCGACGCCGAAGGGACCAUUUACUUCACUCAGGGGCUGGGGCUCAACCUGGAGAACCGGCAGUACGAGCACCACUUGGAAGGAGGCUUCUCCAUCGGCUCCGUCGGCCCGGAUGGGCAGCUGGGACGCCAGAUCAGCCACUUCUUCUCUGAGAAUGAGGAUUUCAGGUGCAUUGCUGGCAUGUGCGUGGAUUCCAGGGGAGACCUGAUCGUUGCUGACAGCAGUCGUAAGGAAAUCCUGCAUUUUCCUAAAGGAGGUGGCUACAACAUCUUAAUCCGAGAGGGACUCACCUGCCCGGUGGGUAUUGCUGUUACUCCCAAAGGGCAGCUGCUGGUGCUGGACUGUUGGGAUCAUUGCAUUAAGAUCUACAGUUACCACCUGAGAAGAUACUCCACCCCUUAAGGGCUUGGUUGCAAGCAAAGCCUGUCUUGGCAGUGGAGAUUCUUGCAGCCUCCUCGCAAUCCAACGGGAACCAGUGUCAAGCCUUCAAGAAGAUUGUGCCAUAACUGAAAGAGAUCUGGCAUAGAGGUCAUCAUGUUCUGUGUUUAGAAACAAAAUAGUUUUCGUGGUGGUGGUGCUGGUCUGCUUUCUCUUCUUUUUUUAAUGUAAAAUCCAUACAAAUAAGAACAAGCGCGAUGGAAAGGAUCCAUCCUUUGCAGUCUUGGUUCUUGUGACAGCAUAAACCUCUUCACCUCCUUAUGCCACAUCUCCUACACUUCCAGCUUCAACCAUUGUGUCUUUCUUUGUGCCAUAAACACUGACUGACUGCUCUAAAUCACCUUCCCUUAGAGAACUAGCAGAGGCAAUCCUGUGGUACUUGCAAGGAACUGGGUAGCAGUUGUCUGGGCAACUCCUAGAGAGAGCAAUUUGUGCUUGCAGCACUGCAUAAAACGAAAUGGCCUCUUCAACCACGCAGAAAUGAAGCUUUGCUUCCACCCUGACGAGGCAGGGUUGUCUCUCCCAUUUUUCUGGUGUUCAGGAGAUUGCCCCGUCGUGCCAUUUGUGAAUUGUGUCUGUUCCAUGUGAAGUGAGUACUGUGCAAUCGUGGGAGACCGAGCUGAGCCACAAAAUUGCCCUCUUUCUUCCUGAGUUGUAAGAAGACAGGGGUUUUAUUACUAAUCAGAGUUCUGCUAGAUAGAAAGGGAUCAAAAGGGAGGGGGCUGGAGAAAACAAAAAAGGGUUGCUAUUUACUGUUGUUUUAUUAUUAAAUGUAUCCUGGAAACUGUUUUUUGGAAGGUUUAUCUGAUACCUAAAACUUCUUGGGGAAGAGGGGAAGAGCUGGGGAAAUAA